GCUAAAACGAACUUCAAUCAAUCAAGGACCACGCCGUGCUUUUUUGCCCCUCCACACCCCUCCAUAACUUGUUCUCCUCUCAGUCUUUCACCGUUGAUAGACAUCUCCACUCACUUGUUACGCCCUCUUCGUUCUAUUUGGAUAGAACGUUGAAAAGUUGAAAUAAGAGGACAGAUUUCUGGGUUUCAUCUUCAUCCCUGCCUGUGUUUCUAAUAGGUUUUUUUUUUUUAAUUCUUUUUUUCUUCUUACUUUGCCUUGCAUUUGCAGACUUUUCACUGCCACAUCUCUCCCAAUAUCAUAUAAACUAUGGUUUCUGCAUCAAAGGCUAGGCGUGAAGCCGAGCGUGCUGCGAAGCGUGCUGCAGGCGGUGGGGAAGACAAACCGAAGAAGACCGCCGCUAGCAAGCUUGCUCUCACACCUGGUUCAUCUCGGGCUGGAUCUAAGGCGACUUCCAAAGCGUCCUCAGUGAAUGGUGAAGCUGUUGAGGGUACGGACGAGAGGGCCUUGGCCAAGCUUGAGAAGCUUGCUUUGCAGGAGGACGAGCACGGGCUUUCCGACCGUGUCACUACUGGUGUUCUCUCCUCGUUGGAGUCGUCUCGCGAUGCUAAAAUUUCUUCCGUCUCGCUUGUCUUCCAUGGUAAAGUUCUUAUCCAGGAUACCACACUCGAGUUGAAUUAUGGUCGCCGAUAUGGACUGCUUGGUGAGAACGGUUGCGGAAAAUCGACUCUGUUGAAAUCUGUUGCUAAGCGGGAGUUUCCUAUUCCCGAGCACAUUGAUAUCUAUCUACUCAAUGAGCCUGCCGAUAAGACUAGCUUGGGAGCUCUUGACUACGUUGUUACUCAAGCUCAGGAAGAGCUGAAGAGAUUGGAGACAUUAGCUGAAGAGACAUUGGAGAAUGAGGGUCAUGAUAGUCCGAUUCUGGAAGACCUUUAUGAGCGUAUCGACAGUAUGGACCCCUCGACAUUUGCUACUCGUGCGUCCCUCAUCUUGACCGGUUUGGGUUUCAACCCUGAAACUAUGAAAAAGCACACGAAGGACAUGUCCGGAGGCUGGCGUAUGCGUGUUGCAUUGGCGAAGGCUUUGUUCGUCAAACCCUCUUUACUUCUGUUGGACGACCCUACCGCUCACUUGGACUUGGAGGCAUGUGUGUGGCUUGAGGAGUAUUUGAAGAAAUGGCCACGUACCCUUGUUUUAGUUUCUCAUUCGAUGGAUUUCUUGAAUGGAGUCUGCACCAACAUGAUCGAUAUGAGAAUGAGAAAGCUUAUCUACUAUGGCGGCAACUACGAUGCCUACAUUAAAACCAGAAGUGAGCAAGAGACCAACCAGAUGAAACAAUACAACAAGCAACAGGAGGAGAUUGCACAUAUUAAGAAGUUCAUUGCUUCCGCCGGUACAUAUGCCAAUUUAGUUAGACAAGCCAAAUCUCGUCAGAAGAUUCUUGACAAGAUGGAGGCAGAUGGUCUGAUCGAGAAAGUCAAUCCUGAUCGUGUCUUCUCUUUUCGUUUUGCCGACGUCGAGAAGCUCCCCCCGCCGGUACUUUCGUUUGAUGACGUUACCUUUUCCUACUCUGGUAAUGCUAGGGAUAAUCUUUAUGAAAACCUUGAUCUUGGCGUGGAUAUGGACUCUCGUGUGGCACUUGUCGGCCCCAAUGGUGUUGGGAAGUCGACCCUUCUUAGAAUCAUGACUGGAAAGCUCCAGCCGACAAACGGAUCAGUUAGCCGACACACUCACUUGAAGUUGGGAAUGUACUCCCAGCACUCGGCUGAGCAGCUUGAUCUCACCAAGUCGGCUUUGGACUUUGUACGUGACAAGUACCGAGAGAAGAGUCAAGAUUACCAGUACUGGAGACAACAACUCGGAAAGUACGGUCUGAGUGGAGAUUCUCAGACAGCCUUGAUGGGAACCUUGUCCGAGGGUCAGAAGUCAAGAAUUGUCUUUGCCCUUCUUGCCAUUGAGUCCCCAAAUAUGCUGUUGCUUGACGAACCUACCAACGGUUUGGAUAUUCCUACUAUCGAUAGUUUAGCGGAGGCUAUCAACGCGUUCGAUGGUGGUGUCGUCGUCGUGUCUCACGACUUCAGGCUUCUCGAUAAGAUUGCUAAGGAUAUCCUUGUGUGUGAAAACAAGACAGUUAGGCGAUGGGAAGGUUCGAUCGGUCAAUACAAGAACCACCUCAGAAAGAAGAUGCAGUCUACCGGAGCUGUCUAAACAAAAGUCCUUUGUGUAUUCGGUGUUUUCUUCCUUUUUUCCUUUUCUCUGGUCUCUUUCCUCCUCUUUUCCCUGGACUACAGAAUGAUAGAACGUCCACUGGACUGGUGGGGUGGGGUUGGGAGGUUUAUCAAAUUACGCUUGACGAUAGAUCGAUAGGUCUUGAGAACGAAAUGAGAGUUUUGUUAGGGUAGAGGCGAUGAGAGUAGCUGAUGACGAUAAUGAUUACAAUGAUGAAUAUUUUG